AUGGUGCUUCAGGUGGAUGAUUUGUUCCGCAUGCGGAUGCUGGUGGCCGGCGUGUACACUGCGCUCGGCAUUUCAUCUACGUACGGAUUCAGCCUCUUCACGGAUCACCUGAAGAAUAAGUACGGGUAUUCGCAGAGCGACAUCACGACAAUCAGCACCGUUGGAAAUUGUGUCGGCUACUGCAGCUUCCUUGCCGGAAUGCUCUUUGACUACGCGGGUCCAACAGUCGUGCUUCCGCUUGCUGGCUCUCUUGGAUGCCUGGGCUUCCUGUUGUUUGGGUUAACCUUUGACGGAUACGUUGUGUCAAAACCAAGUGUAAUUCACUUUUCAAUCUUCAAUGCUAUUCUGUAUAUUGGCUGCCCGGCGAUGGAUGUUGCUUCUGUAAUGCCAUUGAUGCUACAGUUUCCCUUGGAUCGCGGUUACGUGGUGCUGAUCAUGAAGGCAUUCAACGGGCUUGGGACCGCAGUGCUGAUGGCGUACUUCAACGGCUGGUUCAGAGCGGCCGACCUUGAUAAUUCCGAGGACAACAACUACUCUGGCUACGCGUACUUUGUUGCAGCACAGAUUUUGUUGUGCGCUCUUGUUGGCGCCUGGUUCACGCGGCUACCGAUGUACUUUCCGUGCACGUGGAGGAAGAAGCGCCUGAGUGCCGAGGAGCUCGCAGAGCGGAAGAAGACGCUUGGCCUGUACAUGAGCCAGCAUUCCCCCUUGCGGCGUCUGUACAUCGGAUUUGGGCUUGUCUUCGCCAUGCUGAUAUUUUCUGCCACGCAGUCGAUUACGACGGCGUACGUGAAAACGUCCCACGCGGGGUACGUGGCGAUCUCGAUUGUGGCGCUCGUGCUGAUGGCGGCAUUCUCCUUGAUGGCGAUGCCGUUCCAGUUUCUGGGCCGCUACAACCCUGUGCGUCCCACACAUAUGGAGGGCAUUGGUGAAUCGGACGUGGAGCAGGCAGGCGAAGCCGUAACUGGGGAUUCUGGGGAGGAAGGUGAUACAAACUGCAAGAAUGAGGUGGCCAGCCCGGCACCGCAGUACAAUGGUUCAUUCUGGUCCAACCUGCUUACCAUUGACCUGUGGGCAAUGUGGUUGGCCUGCUUUGGCAUGUGGGGUACCGGCACGGUGAUGCAGAUGAACGCUGCUCAAAUCUAUCGCAGUACGAACCACGGCGUGUUUGACACUCGAACUCUGACGCUUUACGUUGCCAUCAUGUCUGUGGGCAGUGCUAUUGGGCGCAUGUCUAUGGGGUAUCUCGACAUGAAGCUGACUGCGUGGAAUCGUGCAGGCAAGACAAAAAUUCUGACGACCAUUGCGCUUCCCAUUGGUCCCUUGCUGUUGGUGGUGGCGUACCUCCUCUUUGGUUUGGUACCUGGGAACGCCUUGCUGCUGCCUUUUUUGCUUGGAGCUGUCGGCAACGGCGUUGGCUGGGGUAUCGGAGUUCUUGCGAUGCGGAUACUGUAUGCUAAGGAUAUUGGGAAACAUUAUAACUUUUGUUUUUCGUCAGGGAUUGUUUCGACCAUUGCGCUGAACCGCUUCAUGUUCGGAGGGAUGUACGAUGCGGAGGGGCGCAGGCGUGGUGAGUUGCCCUCAUGCAACGCACCCUCGUGUGUGCGAAAGCAGAUGUUUAUUCUGAUGUUUGUCAACGUACUUGCCAUAUUUGCCGCCGCGUUGGUGCACUGGCGAUUUUCGCGCUUCACCCAGGCGAAGCUGGCCGAAGAGGCAUCUUCAGCAAAUGAAAAAGCGGAUGUUGGGGCGGCGAGGGAGGAGCCUUCGGAGCCAGCGUUGAAGCAGGAUUAG